GCGUGGACUCGUCCUCCGAGGGAGGCCCAUGCGCACCGUCUCAAGCUGCAGUUCCGUGGACCCCCUUCACUGCGCCUUGGGUGGUGGCAGGUGACUGCACCCUCAAGCAACAUGGCAGCUCCCAUCCUGCCCCCACCACUGCCAGACCCCCAGUUUGUACUUCGAGGCACCCAGUCGGCCGUCCACUCACUGCACUUCUGCAGAGGAGCCCAGGGUCAGGGGCAUCCACUUCUCCUCUCAGGGUCUCUGAGCGGCCUCGUGCAUAUCUGGAGCCUGCAGACACGGAGGGCGCUCACCACCCUUGAUGGCCACAGGGGCCAGUGUGUGACCUGGCUACAGACGCUGCCCCACGGGCACCAGCUUCUCAGCCAGGGCCGGGACCUGAGGCUGUGCCUGUGGGACCUGGCAGAGGGCCGGAACGCUGUCGUGGACUCAGUGCGCCUCGAGAGCAUGGGCUUCUGCAGGAGCACUGUGCUGGCCGGGGCUCAGCCGCGCUGGAUGCUGGCUAUGCCGGGGAGAGGCAACGACGAGGUUGAGAUUCUGGAGAUGCCAUCCAAGACGUCAGUGUGCACCCUGAAGCCGGAGGCAGAUGCCAAGCUGGGCAUGCCCAUGUGCCUGAAACUGUGGCAGGCCGACUCCAGCCCCCGCCCGCGCCUGCUGGCCGGCUACGAGGAUGGAUCCGUGGUCCUAUGGGACGUCUCUGAGGGGAAGGUGUGCAGCCGCGUCACCUGCCAUACAGAGCCCGUCAUGGGCCUUGAUUUUGACUCCCAGAAGGCCAGGGGCGUCUCGGGCUCUGCGGAGAAGGCGCUGGCUGUCUGGAGCCUGGAUGAGCAGCAGUCCCUGAAGGCGUGUGGAACUCAUGAAGUCACCAAUCCCGGCAUAGCUGACGUCACGAUCCGGCCAGAUCGCAAGCUCCUGGCCACUGCAGGCUGGGACCACCGUGUUCGCAUAUUCCACUGGAGGACGAUGAAGCCACUGGCCGUGCUGGACUUCCAUACUGCAACUGUCUACUGCGUGGCCUUCGCUGAUGAUGGCUUGCUGGCCUCGGGGUCUGGGGAUCAGCGCAUCAGUGUCUGGUCGCUCUACCAGCGCACAUGACUUGCCCUCGCUUCUUGCUCAAAAUGCGCUGAGGGUGGGGAGGGCGCUUCUGCACUUCAGCCUUGACUUGGUUGUGUGGAAAACUGGACAUCAGGUACCCCUAAGGACCAGCAAGCCAUAGGCUGCACUCCACUUAUGAUAAAGAGCGCAGUCCGUGGAAUCCUCACGUUCUUCAUGAGAUGUACUUUCCUUUUGUGACAUCUGUUGUCCAUACAUAAGUGACUCUGACAAUUUAAAAAAGAAAACUGAGCAGAGGGGGUCAGAAACUGGCUGAAUGGACACAAAAACGGUGAAGAGAAGGAGUGUGCUGUCUCAUUAGGGAGAGAACAACUAGGAGUAUAUAGCAAGAUGUAUAUAAAUUUUUGUAUGAGAGACUGACUUGAUUUGUAAACUUUUCACUUAAAGCACAAUAAAAAUUUUAAAAAUAAAUAAAUACAAAAAAAAAAAAAGAACUGAGCCAGACAUCUGAGCACUCAUACCCUAUGUAAGAGACGUUUGCUUGCAUCUGGCAGCAUUGCCAACCUAAGUGUGUUUUACAAUAAAUUUUCACUUGCACACCUGUAGGCUUGAAGUAGGAAUUCUGCGAGGAGACCCCUAUUUCCCCCACUUGGUCAAAGCC